CUACAGGCUGAAGGUCUCCACAGAACUAAACUCCUCUCCCUUCCCGGAGAACCGCGAGGGAAAGGCUUAAUUUCCCUUCCAUCGAGGAUAGCAGGAUGGAGUGGUAUGUGUGUGUGCUCGUGCUGAUCCUGAGCGCUCCAACCCUAGCAGCAGCUGACUGCGCCUCGCGCUGCCUGAAAUGCGCGCAGGAGUUGCCCCGCGCGGACACAUCCGUGGACAGCGUGACUUGUACGUUAGAGUGCGAAGGGGCCCUCGCGAGUUCCUGGGAACUAAAUAAAUGUGAACGAAUCCUCAACCCGCAGUCGGAGAGUUUCACUACCGAUGAUGAGCACAGCGUGCCUGACGACACGGAGGACAACCAAGAGUCUACUCUCCCUAGCCUUGUCAAGCGCUAUGGUGGCUUCAUCAAGCGGAUUGAUAAAAACAAACUUUCUCUCAAAUCCCCUUGGUACGACAAUGCUAUUCUUAAAGAACUUUUCGCCAAGAAACUCGGUGACCCUGUUGGGAAAUUUGGUGUGCGCGAGGCACCGGAAUUCGUAGGGGGCACUGAGCGCGAGGAUGAGGCAUCAGAGAAUGACACCGGAGUAUAUGACGACGCGGCCUUAAACCCUGUAAAACGCUACGGAGGAUUUUUACGCAAAUUUCCAAAGCGAAGCGAGUCCUCGGAGGAAAGCAACCGACAGGAGCUGCAGAAACGGUACGGAGGGUUCAUGCGCAGGAUUCGACCCAAGCUUAGGUGGGACAACCAGAAGAGAUAUGGCGGUUUUUUACGGCGUCACUUCAAACUCUCCGUGAGAUCGGAGGAGGACCCUGCAUAUGAUGACUUUGGUCUUUAGAUCAUCGCUUAAACUGCCAUCACAGCCGCCUUUCACUCAAAACUUCUUUCGCAAAUCCGUAAGAAUCUUAUCCGUUAUAAGUCCCCCGGGCGUCUGUGUUCCUGAAGCUUGCUUUGUCACUGCAGGUUCCAAUCACCUCAUGGUAAAACACAGACUCGUGUCCUUCUUGUUAAGUCACCAAGUCUUAUGGACAUUCGGGUGGAAAAAAAACACUUGUUAUGCGUAAACACACUGUAAGUCCUGUACUGAAAAUCGAUGUGCUUGUUUGAUUAAACUAUAUAUAGGCUAUACAUAAUAAAGGCAAGUGAUUCAUUUGCCAAAGCUGCAAGGAAAUGCUCUUUUGCGUUACUUUACAACUGAACCUAUAUACUGUUGACACUUCUGGUCUCCGUGACAGUGUGAGCUUAACGUUAUUUUGGCUGGACUUGGUCUAUGAGUGUAUUACAAUGUUUAUACUUCCUUAAUAAUAAAGUUUAUUUCACUUGAAAAUAAUUUAGUUUUUUUUAAGAAACACGACCCGCGUCAUUUAAUCACACACGGUCGGAUAUUUAGCUGUGGAUAUGCUACAA